UAAUUUUGUAAACAACAUGGCUGACACUGGAGUGUUUAUGUCUUAUUAAAUUGUUGAAGUUUCGCUUACAUUCAUUGAAAUUACAAAACCCCUUAUUUUGCAUAACUGCCCUUAAGACACUAAAAACGGUUUCGCUGCAGAUUAAUUUCUUUGAUAUUAUUAAGCUUUCUGAAUAUAUUAAGGCUUACAUCUUAAUGGUUGGAGAUCUCAGAUUCUGAUCUGAGAACAAGUUUGUACAAGACAAAAAAAAUAUGAAAAUAUUAUGGUUUCGUAUUGCUUUAGACUUUAGAUCUAUGAGCUGCUAAAGAAAGUAACAGAAGAUUCAUGUUCAACAUUAUAGAGUUUUAAACAGCCAUGAAUCGUAAAGGAGGCAAGUCUACUCAGUCUAAUCUUCCAAUUGCUACUUUUUCACGUGGCAAUCCUGCUAAUGGAGCUGCCAUAUCAGAUGAAGCCAACAGCACUUCUAACUUAAAAUUAACAAAGUCUGCUGAAGAUAUUCCAAAACAAAUUGGCUCAAGUAUCAGCCUUGUUGGUGGACCCAGGGGUCAUGCUGGACCUACUGGUAUUAGAAGAGCAGUGUCUCCUGGGGAAUUUAGGCGGAGGUCGCUGCUUUCUUCUGUUCGACCUCGCUCACAAGCAUCAGUACCCAGUCAACACCCAGGAGUAAGAUACAUUACAGAAGAUUUGAUUAAAAAAAUAGCAAAGGAAGAGAACUUUGAACUCAUUGUAUCUUUGAAUUUGACUCUUAGUAAAGAAGGAGGAAAAAAGAUAAAAUAUAUUGAAAACUUGGACAGACUUAGAAAACUUCAGAUAUUAAAUUUGAGCUACAACUUUAUUGAGAAGAUGGAGCGUCUUGAUAAACUGCUCCGUCUUCAGGAUUUGAACCUGUCACAUAACAUGAUAACCAAAAUUGAGGGCAUAGAGAAUCUGGGCCUACUCCAGACACUUAAUCUAAAUGAUAAUAAAAUUGAACAUAUUCCCAAAUGGUUUUCUAAAAAGUUGAAAUCUCUCAGAGUUUUUAAAAUUGCAAGAAAUAAAUUGACUUCACUGAGUGAAGUUUCUAAGUUGAAAAUUUUACCAGAUAUAAUCCAAUUAGAAGUUGUUGGAAAUCCUCUUUGUGAUUUGUCACACAGUCGACUGUAUAUUAUAUUCCAUCUUCGCUCUGUAGAAAAUUUGGACAAUCAGAUGGUUAAUGAAAAAGAAAGAAAGCAGGCCCAAGAAAGAUUUGCCCUAGAUGAAGUAGAGCAGUUAGAGAAAAAGUUAGAGGAAGGAGAAAUGAAAUAUAAACUAUUAGAGGAUUCUCAUAGCAAAUCUCUGCAGGAAAAGUCACAGCAUGAAUCAUCCCAACAUCAGCUUUUGUCUAAAGAAAAAGAUCUGAUGGAAAAAGUUAAAAAACUGGAGCAGGAACUAGCAGCUAAAGAUGAGCUUUUGAAGAAAAAAACAUCAGAUUUAAAUAAAGCAAGUCAGAAACAUUAUCAACUGGAGCAGGAACUUGCUUUCCAUAAAAUUGACUCAAAAUUUGAUAGUUUAACAGAUGCUCCACAUUUAGCUGCAGACAGUCAUGAUGACAGUUCUGACUUACAAGAAAGCGCAUACAUUGGCCGUGCCAGAUUUCGCAUGAACCAGCAUGCCCAAGAGAUCAAUAUUGUUCCCAAAGCAAAGAAAGCUCAGCUACACAGCAUUCAGCCCUCUAGUGGUGUCUUACACAGAGUCAUGUCAGAACCAUUGAACCAAAAAACACAGGAAGAUCAUGAACUGGAAAAAAAACAAAUAGAGUUAAAGAAAACUGAAGAAAGGCUUAGAGUUUUACAGUUGGAUUUAUCCAACACAGAAAAGAAGUUGUUGAAUGCAACUAGUGAGUUGAAGAAGAUUGCCACAGAUAGGUUUACACCUGAACCUUUCAGGGAAGACAACAAAUACAAAAUCAGACACAGGCUUGCCAGAAAAAUGCAGAGGGUCAACGAACUUCGCAACUCGGCCACACAAAUGGAAUCAGAAAUUGAUAGAAAAAAUGUCCAGAUCACAAAAGACAAAAAUGAUUUGCAAAAAUUAAAAUUGCAUCUCACAGAACUGGAUCCACGUAGUCAGACUUAUGAAACAAAAAUGAAGGAAAUGCAUGAUAAAGAAACUCAGAUAAAUGUAGCCAGUCAGAGACAACAAGAGCUGGAGAAAGAACUUGAAGAGGCCAUAGGCAACAUAGCAGCAGAGACAGCUGACAUCAAGAAUCUGGAGAAGCAACUCUCCACUGAUCAGAUAGAACAGAAUGAGGAACUGAGACAAGAACUUGAUGACAUUGUCAGUGGUCUCUCUGGGUAUCUAGAGAAUGUCAAAGGUCAGAGUGAGCACCACAAGCAUGAGGUGGAGCGUUUGGUGGAGGAGAAGAGAGGAAUGGAGGAAAAGAUCCGACGCAUGGAGAGUGAUCUACACAAGCUUGAGACUGAGUCUAACAAUGCCAGACUUAUGCAGAAGAGACUUACAGAGCUAGAAGAUUCUCUGAGGAAAACUGAGGACCUAAACUCCACACUACAAGACCAAGUCAAUCGCACUAAGUUAAAUGACCCAGAAUUACAAGAUAAACUACAGCGGGCUGAAAAUGAGGCUAAACAGUUGCGACAAACAUUAAUAGACACAGAGAAAAAAACUGAAAUUGAAAAGAAGGCGAUGCAGAAACAGCUGUUAAUAGAGAGGGAGAGGGCGGAGAAGAUGACCCAGAAAAUUCAGGACGUCAACAGACAGGAGCUGGAGAGUAAAAAACUUGUCCAACAGCUAGAGGCUGCCAAGGCCUUGAAUGCUGGUCUGAGAGAUCAGGUGGAAGAAUAUAAACAAAAACAACAAGAAGAUGGAUUCAAACCCAGUGAUCUGAAGAAAAGGCUGAAAAAGUUUACUCAUGAAUUUAAAAAUAUGGACCCCAUCCAACCACAGAAUAAAAAUGAUGUACUUGGUUUUGCAUUUCAAGAGUUACAGAAACAUGCCCAGGAGCAAAUCAACACUAGCACCAAGGAAAUGGAGAGCUUGAAAAAAUAUAAACAGAAGGCAGAUGCUCAGAUCCAAGCUUUAAAAGAACAAAUUCAGCAUACAGAGGCAGCCAUUCAGGCAGACAAGGAUGUCAAUGGCAGCAAGCUUGAAGAAGAAAACAAAAAGCUUCAAGAUGAGUUGAAGAGACUGAAGAGAGCCCUUGACGAAGCCAAGAAAAACCAGGAAGGAUCCAUCCCAGUGCGGAUUGUUUACAGGCCUGACACAGACAGUGACAGAGCUUCUUCCAUGAACUCAGAUGAGAAACUUUUGUUUGAUGUGCUGCAGAAAGAUUUGAUGGACUUGAAAAGACACAUGAGGAAUCAUGAAAACGACUUGUCCAAAAAAUUGACAGAAGCUGAAAAAGAAGCAGCUCACUGGAGAGAUGAAGCUCACCAAAAAGAAAGAGAAUAUGAAACUGAGAUGGAGGAAUACAGGCAGGCCCUUGAUCUAAUGAGGGAGAAACAAGAGGCCAGGAUUCAAGUUAUUGCCCAAGACUUAGAUCAAGCGCAGUUUGUUGCUGAAUCUUUGCAAAAAAUGUUAGAGGACAGAGAAAGAGUUCUGAAUGAGGAGUUUAGUAACGCAGAUAUGUCCAACCAGCUUAUAUCUGCCCAAGAAGAUGAGCUGGAAAAGCUAUAUGACAUCCUGGACAAACAGAGGGAGGAGAUAGAGAAGCUUAACCAGAUGCUGGAUAAUUUAGCUCAGCAAGGACCAGAUGGAGUUGGUGCAGCUUUCGAUGAUGAGUUGUGGCGCAUUCGACAAGAAGUGAACAGCCUGAAGGAGACCCUGGCCAUGCAGUCUGCUUAUGUCCAGGCCAUGCCAAAUGUUGGAGAAAUGGCCACCCAGGCGGAUGCUUUCUUCCAGUAUGGACCAGCUGACCAGAGUCCUGGGUUUGCUGUCAGGACAGCUGGGGCUGCAGCAGGAACUCCUGUGGCUGGUCACCAGAACUACGACUCUGUUCCAACUCCACCAAGUAAAGUAUCAGGAAGUCAGGUGACUACUGUUGGCUCCACGACACAUACCUCAGCUAACGCCAACUUUGGAACUUCAUCUCGCAGCAGUCAUUCUGGCAACAGGCCAGGAUCUGUGCACAUAUCAGGGGGGAAUAUAGCAUCAACAGUGCCUUUCAAGUCUAAUCAGAGGUUAGGCCAAAUGUCCGAACAUCUGGGUACUGAGAGAAGAGAAUCUAAAGCACCACCUGGUGGGAAAUCUGCUGUCUCAAGAGCAGCAGACGGGUUGCCAAGUCAGACAACUCCAAAAACCCGUGUCCUAGGUAUAGAAACGAAUGCAGCUGUUCCUCAACAAACUUAUGGCCCACACAAUAGGCAGAACAGCAGGGGUCAGCCAUUGGCUGCUUCUUCAGCUUUUGAGCCUGUUCGCAGAGCUGAAGAUUUUCAUCAAACCCAGUCCUUCCCACAAGCGUCUGCACCUCACAUCCCAUCAGGCUCAGCCCCUCACUUACCACCAGGCUCAGCCCCUCACUUACCACCAGGCUCAGCCCAUCACUUACCACCAGGCUCAGCCCCUCACUUACCACCAGGCUCAGCCCAUCACAUCCCACCAGGCUCAGCCCCUCACUUACCACCAGGCUCAGCCCCUCACAUCCCACCAGGCUCAGCUCCUCACUUACCACCAGGCUCAGCCCCUCACUUACCACCAGGCUCAGCCCCUCACUUACCACCAGGCUCAGCCCCUCACUUACCACCAGGCUCAGCCCAUCACAUCCCACCAGGCUCAGCCCCUCACUUACCACCAGGCUCAGCCCCUCACAUCCCACCAGGCUCAGCUCCUCACUUACCACCAGGCUCAGCUCCUCACUUACCACCAGGCUCAGCUCCUCACUUACCACCUAGAGAAGUACCUGGCCAGCUUCCGUCUUCACACCACACAGCCGUGGGUCCGUUGUCUCAUGUGGACUACCCCCCUCAAGUGCCUUAUGGGUUAAGUAGCCUGGGACCCAGCCAAGCAAGCCAGACUUCGAGGCCCUAUGGAGUUUAUAGAGACACCAACCCACAGGCUUUACCUAUGUUUUACCCAGUUGAUAACCCUACAAGGCUGAUGCCUUCCCAGCAUGCAAUGGGCCCUACAUACCCUGCCAGCUCUGCCAUCAGUGCUGCAGGCCAGCCUGUGGCAGGGAACCCAACAGUUGCCUUCAACCCUGUGCCUGUACAGAUCUGGUAUAAUCCCGGCUCAGUUGAUGGCUCUACAGGAAUAGAGCCUUACACCCUGGGCCACCAGUCCUACCAGCCAUCAGGUCCAGCUCAACUGUCCAGUUAUGGACCAGGUCGGAUGUACGUACCAGCUGGCACAGGUCACAGAGGUCAACAUCCAGCCCGGAUCUACUACCCUGCUCAACAGUCUUUCCCUAUGCCAGCCCCAGGUGGUGCACCACCCCCUCCCCCACCAGGUGGAUUUGUUCAUGUUUUACCUGGAGAUCCAAGGUCAUCAGCCAUGACCCCAGUGGCCAGUGGAACACCAAUCCGAGGUGGGGACCCACCCAUAGCAUAUUAUGAUGGCUCUAUGUUGGCACCACCCAGUCCCAUACGUGCUGCAAGUAUGGAUGUCCACCCUAGAGGUAUACUGAAGAAUGGGGGAGAGGAUCAGGGGGAGGACAGCUACCUGUUUUGUAAUGUUCCAGAACAUCACGACCUGGAGGAUUACAUUACUGAACUUCAAGAAACCAUCAGAAAGUUGAAGCUGAGGCUCUCUAAGGAGAAGGAGUUCCAAGAAGAAACAGCUGAACAUGAAGACAAGAAAAUGAUUAAAAAACUUCUACAUGAACUUAAGGAUCGUCGCAGUGAGUUGGAGGGUCUGGACCUGGCCAUUGAGAGACAAAAACGAAAUCUGUGGGAGAUGAAAAAAGAUGAAAGUGACUUGAGGAGGGAGAAGAAGAAAGCUCACAGUGAACUCAACUAUUUGAGAAAGAAAAAUGACAAAAAGGUUUUUAUUCGUCAUAAGCGAGCUUUAGAUGACAGCUUCAUUGAAGAAAUAGAAAGAUAUCGACUAAAGCACAUAACAGAUGAGCUCCACUGUUUACAAAAAACUCUGGCCAAAAGACAAGCUCAGCUGAAGGAAGCUGAGAGAAAUCUCAAGGAAUGUAACUCUGAGUUGAGGGAGGCUAAAGACCAGACUCGUGAAACAGUGAAACGUUAUGAUGAUGUAACCAGCAGCCUCCAUCAGGCCAUCCAGGAGCACCAGGAGAUUGAGAAAAGAUCCAAUGAUGUGGCUGUGGAGCUGGUCAAAGCCUCGGAGCAGCUGGCCAUCUUGAGGGCUGAUGUCAAGGAUAUAGACCACAAGAGAAGUCGCCAGGAAAAAAUUCUCAGGGAUAUCAAUAGGAUCAUAUCUAAAAAGGACAAGGAGUUCCAGGAAGUUAACACUAAAGUGAAAUCAGCAACAGAAAGCCUACAGAGGCUUGAGGCAGACGUCAUCAUACACAGCCAGCGUGAGAAGGAAAUGGUGGAGGCCAUGAGAGACAGUGAAGAUGUCAUAGCCAAACGCCGCGCAGAGAUUCAAAGAAUGAAAGACCAGUUAAUGAGGAUAAAUUCAGCAACAUCUCAGAAGAUAGAACAAAGUAGACAUGAGCUAGAGAAGCUUGACCAACAGAUUGGCAGGAAGAAAACAGAGCUGCAGUUGGUCCAUGAGACACAGGAGAGGAAGCAGCAAGAGUACAACAACAUGCUGCAGGAUAUUGAGGCUGACAUCACGGCCAAACACAGGGAGAUCAAAGAUUGCAGAGAAGACAUUGACAACCUGAACCACCAAAAAGCUGACCUGAGCGCCCACAUCAAGACCAAGAGGGGGGAGCUCCAGAAAGUCAAGGAGGACAUCGAGCAGGAGGAGGAGGUGCUACAGCACCUGAUGAACAAUGUCAACAAGAACAAGUCAGAGCUGAAGCACACCUACGAGAUGCAGCAGAUGGAGCAGACGGAGCUAGAGAACGUCAAGGCCCAGCACUCACAGAAGAUGGUGGAGCUGGAGAAAACUCAUAGAGCUUUGUUGGAGGGAAAAAAUGAUCUGGAACAAUUAAAUGCAGACAUAAGCCGUAAAUCAGCAGAGGUGGAGAGAUUAAGGCAGACAAUUGAGAGAGAUCGUCUGGAAGUUGAUCAGCUGAAGAGUGAAAAACAGAGUCUGGAUGACAGGAUAGCAACUCUAGUCAGGGAGAGGGAUAUGUUGGAUGAGAGCUGCAAGAAUCUUGAUGACAGGAUCAAUAACAUGAAGAGGAAUCAGAGAAUAAUGGAGGAGAAAAUGGAUUCAACAGGCAGUCGACUAGAGAUGUUAGAAGCAGAACUAAGAAUUAGGGAAAGGGAAAUGGAAGACGCAGACAUUCAAAAAGAAAUUAUGCAGAAAGAUAUUCAUACUUUAAAAGAGACAGUUAAAGAGAAGAAACAAGAACUGAAGUCUUUGAAUAGUACCAUAAGGGAAGCAGAAGAACAAAUGAGAGGAAUAGAGCAGGAUGUUAAGCACACCUUCCACCAAAGAGAUGAAGCCAAGCAGGAACUAGAACGGCUGAAUGAACAAAUUCGCCAGAGCUCCAACGCUCUAGAGGACCACGUGCAGCAGGAGAAAGGGAAGUUGAAAGAACUGCAGGAACUGCUGAGAAUUUUGUCUGAACAUGAAGGGGAACACCAGGAGGUUACCACUAUUUUAAACAAGCUGAGGAAGGAGGUGGAGAGGGAAGAGAACAAGCUGAACCGGCUGGUGAGCAAUGCUAAUUCUGAUCUUCAAGCAGUGAGAGAUGAACUCACAUUGAAAGAAGAAGAGCUUAAAGCAAUGAGGGAUGAAUAUAAUGAAUUGCAGAAAAAGUGUGAUGAACUCCAGUACAAUGAGGCCAAGUUUAAAGAACUGAAUAGAACCUGCCAAAACUUAGAAGAAGAUCUGAAAGAACACAAGUUGGAGAAGUCUGAGCUGACCAAAGCUUUAUCAGCUUCAUAUGAGGAGACACAGAGGCUGCACAAGGAAACUUCUAUUAUGCAAGAAAAAAUGGCUAAAGAAAGAGCAGAAUUUGAAAAUGCUUUAAAAGAUUUGCAACUUAAUCUUGAACAAGCAAAACAGGAAGUGAAACAGGUUGAACAUAGAUCAUCCAAUCAAGUUGCAGAGCUUCAGUCAUUGGCUGAAAAACAUUUUAAUAGAGCAAAUAGUUUAGAGGCUGAACUGUUACAAACUAAAAAGGAAGUUUCUGUCACCAAAAAGCAGCUAAUUUCACAAGAAUGUUUAACAAAACGUCUUGAUGCCAUGUAUGAAGCUCUUAACUGGAGCCAAGAAGAUGUUGAGGAGAUCUUUCAGCCCACACUGCAAGCAAAAGAUGCUAAAUCUGACCACCAGACUCUCCCAACUCAAAUAAAUAAAUCUGAUAGAUCCUUGGAAAAUAAAGAGAAUCUGGCCACAGAGAUCAAACACUUCCCCACUUUCACACCCCUGAUACCUGACCCUGGCUUUCAGUUUGAGAGAAAGAUGAAAGAUACCCUGAAGGAAAGAUUGGCAGAGGAACAAGAUUAUCUUAGGUUCCAACUCAAGCAACAAGUACAGAGACACACAGAAACCAUGGAGUCUGCUAGAAUUAAAUCAGAAGAAACAAUUGAUUGCCUUAGGAGAAAACUCAAUGCUCUACAGGAGGUUCUGUUCAACAAAAAUCCUGGUACUGCUGUAAGAAUACAAAACUUAGCCAGCCCAAGACAGAGAUCACCAGCAUACCAAAGAGAUCUUCAGGAUGGCAAGGGAAGAACAAGGUCACCAAGUCCAUUAAAUAGAUCAGGUAGAAGCUACUUGACCCAAAGAAGGUCAAGGUCUUCAGACAGCUUAGACAAUUCACUCAAUUUAGAAAGGGGAUUUCACUGAUGUUUGUAUUGUAUUGGGGUUUUCUGGAUUUGUCAAAAACUAACAAGUUGUAUGCAGUUGAUUGAAAUGUUCAAAAGUUAUAAUGACCAGUAUUUAUUGCAAGACAUUAUUUAUACCAUAAUUUAAAUGUAUACCUUUUCUGUAUAUUUUAAUUUUAAAAAGAAUUUUAGAUCAAAUAUGGCUAUUAAAGCAAAGGUUUGUUUACUUAAUUAAUUAAUUAGGUCUACUAUUUAUUUAACCCUAAUUUCAAAAUAUUUUUUUAGUCUUGGAUUUUAUAUCUUUUUAUGAAGAAUUUGUAUAAACUAACUUUUUUGGAAAGCCAAAAAUUCUGGCCCAAUAAAAUAUAAAUUCAAUGUUUUUUUUAUAUUACAAUUUCAUUUUCAAUGUGUUAGCUGUUUGUGUACUUAGUGUCUCUUUUCUCAGUAUAUUGUCUUAACCAUUAAUUUUUUUUUAGUGGAGCAUUACACACAGUAAAUUUAAUCAACUAAAAUUACAUAUAUAUUUGUAUAUAUAUUUUAUAUAGUGAUAUAUAUUUUCACUUACAACUAUUAAUAGCUUCCGUCCAUUGUAAUUAUUAUUAGUUAUUGAUUUGCGCUAUUAAUAAGGUUAACAACUAGUUUGUUCUUGCCAGUUGGUUUUGUUUUUAUUCUAUACAAGUGUAUUAUACAAGUGUAUUAUAACCUUAUAUUGUAUUACAACCAACUAUAAACAAAUAAGCCUUUUACCGUAAUGUGAUAUACGCUUUUGUAUAAGAUUAAUUACAUUUUGACAGUUCUUUAUUUUAUACUGCUUUAGUUUUAUUUUGCUACACUCAGCUAAUUGUGAUAUUUUUAACCCAUUUAUAAAUAGAUGUUGUAUAGUUCCUGUGUACAGGCACAAAAUACUUGAGCAAGAGGCCAAGUAGGAUGUUAUGGCUGUCAUGUUGGGUAGGCCAUCAUGCUUUUGUUCACACAAGCCAUGAUAGCUACAGGUGAAUUAAGUACAAGUUGGUGUUGACAAGCAUGACAACAGUUUUUGUGUAACACGCUGUGAUAGUGCUGGAUGAUAACCCUUAAAAAACUGCAUCCAUUCCAUAGUUUAUAGAAGGUGUUAGUUAACCUGUUAAGUUUAGCUUAAUUUUUUUAAAGUUAUUUCUAUCUGCUCAAUACCACUGUUCUUAUAACAGACGUAUCAAGCUGGUUAUCACAAAAAUAUCUGGCUGUUUUGUGGUUGAAAUCAAGUGGUUUAGAUGUCAGUAUGAUGCUUGUUCUGUGUGUAACCAAAGGUCAAAUGUCAUGUACUUCAAGUUGUAAAUAAAUAAAUCUGAUUGA